UCGAGUAAGGCCACGCGCACGUUCUCGUCCUCGCGCAUGGCAGUGCGUUCAAGGUGCCCCAGUCGCCAGGCACACCACGCUCGUCGCGAUGCCCACAUACAUAGUGUACGAACUCGCUCUCGAAUGAGCGAGAUUACGGGGCCCGCCGAUCCGCUCCCAGUAGCCUGAGGUCCGUGAACGGGUGCUUCGCGAUGAACACGGACAACUUACAGGUGAGUGCGACGCUCGCCCACUUGUGCACGCGUGCAUACGCUCGCCAGCCCAUCUCGCCCGCCCGCCAGCCCGUCUCGCCCGCCCGCCAGCCAGCCCGUCUUCCCGCCAGCCCGUCUUCUCGCCCACCCGUCUUUUCGCUAGCCCGUCUUUUCGCUAGCUCGUCUUCUCGCCCGCUCGCUUUCUCGCCCACCCGUUCGUUGCCCGCUCUCGCUGGCCUUGCUGCCGACCUGCCUGGCUUGCCCUCGUCUAUAUAUCCACCUCGCUCCUUCACUCACCCACCUGCUCGUCCGCCUCUCUCACACAUGCGCCUGGCUCGAGUACCCAUCUGCCUCGCUCCCCUAUUCGCCGGCCGGCCGCUCGGAUUCCCGCCCGCUCGGAUUCGGUACGCUUGCUCAAGCGGGCAGUGCGUCACGCCCUCUACCUGCAUACACGGCGAAGGUGCUGCCAACAAACACACCGUGGGCACAGCCACCGCGACGAGCGGGGCGCGGGCGCGGGCGGGAGGUGAGUGGACGGCGAACAUGCGGCAGAAAUGGGCGAGCAUAUGGCGGGGACGGGCGAGGGCGAAUGCAGACGGGUGAGUGCAGAUACACGAGGGCGGACACGCUGACUGCAGGAACAGGGGCCAGCGUCGUGAAGCACAGUGUGUACACCGACCGCGAGCGCGCAUGGCAGUUACGAUGUGCAGUACGAUGCGUGCGGCGACUGUGAGCAUGCAGGGCUAACGCCCUGUGUGCAAGCACGUCCAAUGAACGGACGGCGGGAGUUUUAUAUCUGUAUUUACCUACAUAGCUAAUGAUGCUAAUGAUGCAAUUGUUUGGAA